AACCACUAUUCAGCCUAUAAUUAAGACAAAAUAAUUCCUCCUUGCAAAGAGGGAGAGAGAGAAGACCAGCGGCAGCGCAGAAUGGGAGGCGAGGGAAGUGAUAGCCAGCGCCCAAAUAUUCCGGUGAGGGGGACGUUGUCGUCAUCAUCCUCAUCAAGUUUCUACAAGAUUAUCCUCCCCUCCAUCAUUCAUGACAACAAGCUGAGGAUCCCAAAAAAGUUUGCUGCGAAAUAUGGGAAUGAACUCACUAGCAUUGUCACGUUAACUGUUCCAAAUGGUCGAAUUUGGCAUUUGGGAGUGGAAAAAGCUGACAACAUGCUUUGGUUUCACAACGGUUGGAAAGAAUUUGCAGAGCAUCAUUCUAUCAGCUGCGGAUUCUUCAUAUUGUUCAAAUAUGAAGAAAAUUCAAAGUUCAAUGUUCAUAUAUUUGAUUUAACUGCUUGUGAGAUUCACUAUCCAAGAAAUACUAUUAGCAUUUCUGAAGAACCAAGUCAUGGAAAACAGUAUCCAGCAAAGGAUGAAGAGGAAGUAGAAUUUCUGGGCGUAAAUACUUGUAGCAAUUCUGUCACGAGGCAACCAGUGACAACCCAAGAAAGAGAGAAGGCGGUUAAUGCUGCCAUGAUGUUCAAGCCCAAAAAUCCAUUUUUUACAGCCAUCUUGCGGCAAUAUAAUGUUCACCGUCGUUGUGUUCUGUAUGUGCCAGCCAAUUUUGCACGGAAUCAUCUGAAUGCGGCUUUGAAAUUCAUUGAACUUCAGGUUUCUGGUGGAAAACGGUGGAAAGUAAGUUGCUUUUGUGUGGAUGGUAGGGUGCUAAAUCUAACCAAGGGAUGGUCAACAUUUAUGAGGGAAAAUCAUUUGGUGGAAGGGGAUGUUUGUGUCUUUGAAUUGAUCCAGGCUAAGGAUGAUGUGCUGAAAGUGUCCAUAUUUCGCACGCAAGGCAGUGAAGAAACCUUCUGACUUCUGAAGUGAAACUUAACUGAACUUUCUCAGUGACUUUUCUUUAUGUGUUUUGGGGGUGUUCUGUUCUAUCAACUGAUGUGGUUUGCACAAAUGGUAUGCCAAUGCUGAUGUAUCGUGUAUCACUAUCACCAUCAGCUUUUCAGUUUAACUUGAAACCUUGCAUUGUUUGUUCAGUUGUUAAUAAAAAUGUGUUUUUGAUUAGGGUUUUUAAUUAAUGGUUGAGUCUGUUAGGAAUUCGUAACACCUAAAUAGGGUCUGUAGAAUAUGAAAAAGCGAGAAGAACAAACACAAUAUUUACUUGGUUCACCCCAAAACUAGGAUUAUGUCCAUGGUUGCUACGGUUCCAUAGUUACACUGUGAUUAGAAAAGUUGUAAGAGAUGUAGUGAUAGCAUCCGCUUAACUGCAUAUAAAUAGAAUUAGAAUAACAGGUCAGAAGUGUGAAAAUACCAACAAUACCCUUACUCCAAAUUCAGGUUGGGGCCAAGGCCUCCGAACACCCACCUUUGGGCAAGGGGGCCCUACCCCUGCCAACUUACUGCAAAGUUGGAUGUUGUAGUUGAGUAGUUAAUGUACAAGACUCAUCAAGAUUCACAUUACCCAAUGGAGUUUUGAAAUUAUCGAACCAGAACCAACAAAUUUUAAAUUUUGAGUACUAUUCUGGUCUUUUUUUCUCUUUUCUUUUUUGAGCACUUAGCAUUGUUGUUUCAGUUGUCCUUCCAUUCACAGACCUUAGAUAGCUUAAGAAGGCAGAUGACCCACUGCUGCAGAUGGUCAAGGUAUGAUCUUGAUUGGAUGGUUGGAUUUACAGACUUGAGUUAUGGAUAUGAUUACCAUAAUGAAGUUGGAUCAAUCUUCCAUUUCAGCACAGCACAUGGUCAAUUCUGAGUCUAAUUAAUACUUGCAUGGUCAUCAAAAUUGAUAAUGAAGAGUAGGAUGAAAGGAAUAGUGCAGAAAGAGAUGUAAGAAGAAGCUGUAUCACACCAGUAAUGCUGGAUUACCUCAUCACAUAUUCAUGCGCUCUGUUUGGUUUAGCAGGAAAAAAAAAAUUUCAGAAAAUAUUUUUCAUAAUUUUCUUAUAUUUUGAUGUGUCCUUAAAACUAAUGUACACUUGGGGGGGUGGUGGGACGGGUGAUGGUGGUGGUGGCAGCGGUGGUAAAUAGGGAUAGAGAUGCACAUGUGCAAAUGCUUAUGAGUUCCGAGCAGGCAUGGUAUUUUCUGUAUGGAUUCUGGAAUGGAUAACAUUGCAUUGCGACAUAUCUGUUUGGAUGCCAGGAAUUUUGAAGUGAAUAAAAAUGUGAUUUUUGAAUUUUGGUAAUUCCAGUCUUUGAAACGAAUUGAAAUAGGAGAUUUAUAAUCAUUUCUCAACCUAAGCAAGAAUAUAAUUCACUUUGAAAUCUCACAAUCCUAGAUGAAUGUUAACUAUAUAAGAGUAAUAAAAUUAGUUGGACUUAAAAUAUUUAAAAUUUUAUCUUUUCAAUCAAAAUUCUUCACAAAACUAAACACUUCAAUAACAUUGAUGGUAAUUUUAUUACUGGCAAUGAAAUUUGUAAUAAUGAUAUUUUCGUUCUCUCUUGAGAUUUUGUUAUCCAUGCAUAACCUCUCGGAAUCAAGAAAUUUUUUAGUUUUGGCAUUGGUAAAAUGUGUAAAACAUUCUCUUUAUCUCUGUUAUGAUAAGGUUCACUAAUAACAUUUCGGAAAAUUAUUAUAAAAAUAAACCAAGUCCUCAGUAAUAAAUCUAACCUUAACUUUUUAUUUAUUUUAACUCAAACCAUAAAUUUUUAAAAUAUUAUCAAUUCUAACUAUCCAUUGUAUCUGUUAGUUACUAAUGGAGAAUGGGCAAUUUAGAUAAUUUAACAACUCUUUUUUCUUUCAUUACGGUUGACAGUCAUCUCUCACCCCUACCAUCAUCGAUCACAACCUCUCAUCUUUCCAAAUCCAUUGCCAUCACUUCAUCUCUUUUUCCCGUCAAACGUUACUCCUCUCAUUCCUCAGCUCACUGCUACCUCCUUGUUCCUUCUCUAGUCAAUAGCUAUUGUCAGCUAUUGUCACUGUUUAGCACCACUGGCAAAAAGUGAUUAAAUUGUCUAAAUUGCUCCUAAUUUGUGAGUUAUUGGUUAGAAUUGAUAUUAUUUUUAAAAUUGAGAGUUUAAACUGAAAUAAUUAAAAAAAUUAGGGUUUCCUUUAACAAUUUUUUUGGGACAUUUUAAAAAGAAGGGAAAAAUUGUUGGUAAAUUCAAGUUGAGGGGUGCGUUAAGCAUUUAGUCCAAGAUUAAUCUUAUUUGGUGGGAAUUACACGUGUGAAAAAAUUACAGAAAAAGUCGCUGUUGCUGAAUAGAUAAAUAACGGUAUAUUUGAACAAAUAGUUUGAUAUGUAAACAAAUAGAUAACAUUUGAAUAGAUAGGCAAAUAAGUAAACUUAGAACAUAUAAGUAUUUAUUUGGACAAACACUUUCCUUUGGGCUUAAAAAAAUUUAAACUUGGGACUAUUAGCCUAAUGUUGUUUUUGAUUGGGAGAUUUGAGAAGAGAUUUGGGAAGGGAUUUGGAAAGAGAAAGGAAAAAUGUGUAAAAUUAGGUGAAAUUGAGGUAUAUUUUAUUUACAUUUCACCCACAUUUUUCAUUUUAUUUUCCAAAUUCCUCUUUAAAUUCUCAUACCAAACACAACAUAAGUGUUUUAGAAAUGGACAUCUAAUUUAAGUGCACUUGAGAAAUAAUAUUUUAUUAAAAUCAAAUAUUUCAACACUAUAAAUAUCAAAAUUAAUUUAAUUUUAUCAUUCUUAUUUUAACACACUAUAUAUUUAUAUAUAAAUAUUAUAUUUUCCCAAUUUUGUUGCCACGAGCCACACUUUUCUUGGCCAGCAUCCAAUUUAUUUGUCAACCAACCAUCCCAUUCCAACCUUAUCCAACUCCUCUCAUCUUUCUCCUCACAAAACCUCCCCAUUUUAUUCUCUCUUGCUCUCUCUCAAUUCCCAGAAACUUUCAUACCCCAUCCCCAAUCAGCAGGUUGUGGGUAAGAUGACAAUGGCAACAGCAACAGCAACAGCAUCAGCAACUCUGUCUGCGGCAACAUUUGCCGCCACCGUGAGCUCAGGCCGGUCUUCCCAGAGGAGAAAAACCAGAGUAAACUACAUUGGUGGAAUGAACUGUUUUAAUGGGCUUAAAGCUCAUAACAAUGUGGCCUCUUUAGGCGUUCCUGUUUGCACUGAACAGUCAUUUGCCAAGAUUGUUAGCUCUUUGAAACUUCCAUCACAAGGCAGAGGUGGUGGUGGUGGUGCUCUGUCUUCCACCUGUGACGCAGCUGCUGAGAUAUUCAAGAUUGCAGCAAUCAUGAAUGGGCUUGUUCUUAUCGGAGUUGCUGUGGGUUUUGUUCUUCUCCGAAUCGAAGCCUCGGUUGAGGAAUCUGAGUGAGAAUUUUAGGUUUUUUUUUAAUUUUUUGGGUGAUGGAUUUGUGAUUGUAUCUUCUUUGUUGAUUCUUCGUUUGAUUUAGAACUGUAAUUUUUUGGCUGCUUAAACCAAACUACCACAGUGGUUUAUAUUAUAAAGCAGUGGCCGAUCUAAAAUUUUUUAUUUGAUGGGUC